AUGAAGUUACUUAAAAUAGCUCUGAUUGCAACGUUGAUGCAAAUGAUUGAAGCUAAUAUAAAAGAAGUGAUCGAGAAAAUAGCGAGCGAAAAUCCAACACCAUGGGAUGACUGCACGGAAAUAACCGAAUUAAACGAAUCAGAAUCAUUUACACCUUCCUUUUCGUCAAUAUCAUUGGGAAUUGAAGAGCAGAAAUUAGAUAUUUCUACUGCAUCUAAUGUCACAUCUUUAACCGGAAACGAAACGACUGAUGCUCUACUCAAUUCAAAAAGCAAUGAAACUUUGGAAUCACAUUUAUUAGUGAGUAAGAGCGAUGGCAGAAACAAAUCAGAUCAGAAACAAAUCAGAAAUAUCAGUCGUCGAAUCGAUAUAUCUGAAUGA